AUGAAGCAGUUGUUUAAAGUAUUAGAAAAAUACAUCUCAUGGUUCAAUUUUGAACUUGUUGUCAAGUUAGUCAAUACUUUCAUUACUGGUGAGAGAGAUUUACAGAGGAAGUGGUCUACAUAUCGUGAGAAACUAAAAGAUUAUUUUAAAAAUAACAAUACUAAAGCAGUUCAAAUUGCCGACUCGAUUGAGUUUGGUCUUUCUGAUGUUCCAGGCACUAAAGUAAUGAUUGCUAAGCUAAUUGCCGAUGCACUUGAAGUUCCAGAUUAUGAUUUCUAUUUUUGUACAAUUCAAAAUGGCUGCAUGGAAUUGAAAUAUUCUAUUCCUGAUUUUCUUUAUUCUGUUCUGUUUCCAUUAACCAAUCAACAGUGUCAUUUAUUGGCUGAGAUUGGAAUCGUAACAUAUAAAUGUCAUGAAUAUAAACGUGAAAUGAAGCAGUUGCCAAAAAAGGAAUUAAAGAAGCUUCAUGAUUCUCCUAUUGGAUUAAAAGAUGAAGUACAACGAUUGAUUGACAAGACUGGCCUUCAGGAAAGAGGUAAAAAUGGAUGGAGUCCACCAUUAGCUGCUUCAUAUGGUGGCCACAUUGAUGUCCUCUGUCUCCUCAUUGAUGUUUAUCAUUGCGAUCCUUCACAAGGUGAUGAUGAUGGUGUUAUUAGUUUACACAUGGCCUCAUAUAAAGGCCAUCUCAAUAUUGCACAGUAUUUAGUUAAUGAAUGUCACGUUGAUCCAGACAUAGCAGAUAGCUCUGGUAACACGGGAUUGCUUUACUCAGCACUGGGUGGUCACGUUGACCUCAUGAUUAUGUUUUUAAAAAAGAAGUGCAAUGUGUCUCAGGUGAAUAGAGAAGGAUCGACUUUAUCAUUAUUAGCAUGUAAGAGUGGAGAGGUAGCAUUAGUUUAUGAGCUUAAGCAGUUUGGUAUUUUCUCAGAAGAUGAGAUAGAUUUUAACGGAUGUGGAAUAGUACAUUAUUGUGCUAUGAAUGAUAGUGUAGAGCUUCUAGAGUAUCUUUAUGAUAAUUAUAAAAGGGAAUUAUUUCAAAAAAGAGAUCGUUUUGGCUCAACACCACUUCAUAUAGCAUGCCAGUAUGCUUCAUCAGGUUUCAUUAUGAAAAUGGUAAAUAUUUUUGGAUAUAAAGUAUCACUAGAAGCUGAUUAUAGUGGUCGGUCUUCUCUUCAUUACUUAUGCAGUGGAUUGGUUGAUAAAUACUGCAUUACAGAAGUAUAUAAUAAGCUCACUGCACCAUGUGAUAUACCUUUACUUAUGCAAAUUCCUACAUUUAUUCUUGCAAACAGGAACCUCUCGUAUAAAUAUAUAUCACUAAAUAUAAAUGUAACUAAACAGCAUAAAAGAGUGAGCCUUUUGUCUACACUCCUCAAGAAGACAAGUGUUAUUAAUAAUUUCAAUAUAAAUUCUAUUACUGCUACUGGUCAAUCAUUGGUUCAUUUAGCAUGUACUAGUAGUAGUAUAUUAUUAGUGAAGGUAUUAGAGGAGUAUGGUAUUGAUACAAGUUCAUUAGAUUAUGAGGGUUGGUCUGCAGUACAUUAUGCUGCUUUAUCAGGUUCAGCUACUCUACUCAGUUAUACUGUAUCUGAGUAUAGAUUGAAUGCCAGUCAACCAGACUACAAAGGUGUAGUACCAUUAGCAUUAGCUUGUAUGUCAGGUAGUAUCAAUACAGUAGAAUAUAUUAUGAAUACUACUGACAUUGAUAUUAAUAUAACCUGUAAUAAGGGUAGAACACCUCUUCAUUAUUCAUGUUAUGAUGGUAACAUUAAUCUCAGUCAAUAUCUCAUUGAAGUACAAGACAGUGACAUUAGCAUAACAGAUAAUAAGAAAUGGAAUGCAUUGACUUAUAGUGCUAUGAGUGUUAAUGAAUAUAAACUAGAUCCACAAGUUGAAGAUGGUGACGAUAGGCAAGCAGUUCAUUAUGCAGCUACAGUUGGUGCUAUUGAUGUCUUAGAUCUUGAUGCUCUGUCAAUUCAUUAUGCCUGUGCUAGUGGUGUAAUAGAACUUGUGACAUUUCUAAUUGAUGUAAUGAAAUGUGAUGUCACUACUGAAGAUAAGGAUGGCCAUACUUGUGUUACACAUGCUUGUAGAUCUGGUAAUCUUGAUCUUCUAAAAUUAUUAGUAAAACAAUACCACCUUAAUCCUAAAAUAUUUGGCAAAUCAUCAUCACCAGGAGCUGCAGUGAUGAAUGGAUAUGUUCAUAUAAUAGAAUGGCUCAGACAAGAGUAUCAUAUCAAUGUAGUCUCAUUUAAGAAUGGUGUUUUGCUUUUUCUUGCUGUGCAAUACAACCGUUUGUAUUGUUUAAAAAAAUUAUUAGACAAUUAUUCAUUUGAUAUUAAUGCCAUUUAUCCUUUUGAUGAUACUCAAUCUACACUCCUUCACAUAGCAUGUCAGAAAGGACAUGUUGCUACAGUUCUCUACCUCACUAGUCUUCCUCAGUUGGAGGAGCAUCAGUUGGAUCUCACUAUUAAAGAUUACAAUGGAAUGGUUCCAGUUCAUGUAGCCUGUGAAGAAGGAUCAUUGAGUAUAGUCAAGUACAUUAUAGACCAUUCACCAUUAUCACUUGACAUGACUGACUCUUUUGGACGUACUCCACUACUUAUUGCAGUCUUCUCCAAGAACCUUCCAAUCAUUCGUUACCUCAACAGUAAAAACUGCAACAUUUCUAUACUGGACGAUAAAGGGUUUAACAUAAUACACAUAUCAGCAAAGGGAGGGUCCUUGGAUAUAUUGAGGUUUUUCAUUGAUGGUCGUUACUGUAAUCCUGAUAUCACUGAUGGUUCUGGUCGUACUCCACUUUAUCUGUCAGCUCAAGAGGGUCACUUGGAAAUAGUAGAAUAUCUAUUGGAUAGUCCAAGCUACAUUAAACCACGUGUAGAAUUAGUAGACAUGGCAGAUAGCAUUGGUAACACAGCACUUCAUGCAGCAUGCAGCCAGGGUCAUCCUGAUAUAGUGUCUGCUUUAGCAGGAACUUACAAGUCUCUUAAUAUUGAUAUUUAUUCAAUUAAUGAGAAGAGAGAGACUCCAUUACACUUAGCAGCAGCUAAUGGUCACGUUAAUACAGUCGUGUCUCUGUUAUCAGCCACUACUGGUACUACAAAUCACGAGAAGCUCCUUGGAGCAGUGGAUAGUGAUG